AUGAAGUCGUCGGCAUUGCUAUGGGCAGCACAGCUCUCACUCUUCGCGAGCCUUGGGGCUUGCGGGAAGCAUCUCGAGCAAGUCCUCACUGUUCCGACGGGAUGGACAAAGUUGAACGAGGUCGUGAACCCUUCGCGCCACAUUCGAAUGUCAAUCGCUCUGCGGCAGCCCAAUAUCGACAACUUGGAGUCCAAGAUGGCAGCCAAUGGCAAUCGUCUGUCUUUGGAUGAGAUCCGUGAACUGCAGGCUCCGGCGCAAAAGGACAUUGACGACGUGCUGCAUUGGCUCUCUCAGAACGGCCUCUCUGGCACUGUCAGGAAUGACUUCAUUCACGUCAGAACGACAGUCGCCAAAGCCGAGCCCUUGCUGAAUAUGAAGCUGAGCCGUUUCUCCUUCGAGGGGAGGAAGCCUGUGCUUCGUACCACCAAAUAUACGGUUCCCGAUUCUAUUGCCGAUGCCAUAAGCUUUAUCCAUCCUUUGGCCAACUUCAUGUCGGCUCGCCAUAGGGCACAGGUCAUGUCUGCACCAGCAGUGUCUGCGCCCAAGGCCGUACGAGACUCACAGGACGAGGCGUUUUGCGCCGGUGGUGUCGAUCCCGCGUGCCUUACCAAGCUCUACAACAUCACACAUUCGCCUCCAAACGACAUCUCGCCGGUCAUUUUUGGCGUGGCUGGUUUCCUAGAGGAAAAUGCCAAUCUGCAGGACCUGCAGCAGUUUCUCAAUACAGCUGCGCCUGAAAUCGCCAAAACUGGCCGCUCCAUUAACGUCGAGUUGAUCAAUGGAGGUGUGAAUUCGCAAAACCGAUCCGAAUCCGGCUCAGAAGCUGCCCUGGAUGUCGAUUAUGCUGUAUCAAUAGGCUACCCUACAAAUGUUACAUACUAUAUCACCGGAGGACGAGGAGUCAAGCUGGAUGAUAACGGGACUCCAAUCGUAGGAGAGGAUGACGAUAACGAGCCUUAUUUGGAGUUUUUUAAUUACCUUCUCGGCAAGCCCGACGACCAAGUUCCUCACGUCCUGUCGCUCUCAUACUCUGAUGACGAAUUGACGGUACCUCGUGAAUAUGCAGAACGUGUCUGCAACUUGUUUGGCAUGCUCACGGCCCGUGGGACCUCCAUCAUCUUCGCAUCCGGCGACGGCGGCGCUCGAGGAGGUCGAAACUCCAAGUGUGUCACCAACGACGGUACACACCGGCCAGUCACCAUGGCGACGUUUCCUCCCACCUGCCCCUGGGUGACUUCGGUCGGCGCUGUGGAAAACACGAUGGAGCCGCCCAGAGGCGCCAGCUUCAGUACCGGCGGAUUCUCUCAAUAUUUCUCUCGGCCGGCGUGGCAAGAUAGCGCAGUGACGAGCUACGUCAAGGCCCUAAAUGGACACCUGGAUGGACUUUACAACGCGUCGAUGCGCGCCAUCCCCGAUGUCGCCGCAGUUGGCACUGAUUUCAUGGCUGUCGCUGGAGGAGCGACGACUUAUCUGCAAGGCACCAGCGCCAGCACUCCCUUAUUCGCAUCCCUCAUUGCCUUGAUCAACGACGCCAGGCUGCGUGCCGGCAAGAAGCCUCUGGGGUACCUCAACGGCAUUCUGUACUCAGACAGUGUCAAGUCUGUUCUGCAGGAUAUCACGUCGGGGCAGAGCGCCUCUUGCAUCGUCAACGGAACGAGACCUGGAGGAUGGCCGGCGGCCAUAGGUUGGGACGCCAUUACCGGGCUUGGGGUGCCGAAAGAGUUUGAUAAGCUGCUGAAUGUUCUUUUCGAUCUGUGUAGUUUUUGUUUGGCCGACAUAAUAAGCAAGAGAGCCAUAUUUAGCAUCACAGCUGGCCUCGCUCAUUCUCUCAAGAUGCCUACGCAACACGUCGAACCGGAGUCUCACGAUCUUCUUCAAGAUGUCGCCAACGCGCUGCUCAAGUCGCGAAAGGUGGUGGUUGUGACUGGCGCUGGAAUCAGUACCAAUUCUGGCAUUCCGGACUUUCGCUCCGAGAAUGGACUAUACUCUCUUAUUCAAGCUCAAUUCGAUGCUGCGAACCAACAUACACGAUCGGUCGAGCGCUCCCGGACUGAUGGUACUGCCGCCGCCGCCGCCGGCGGCGUUGAAGAGGAUGACUCGGCGAAACGUAGAAGCAGUAUAUCGCGGGAGCCUUCUCCAGAUAUGGAUGAAGUUGCUCAACAGCUAAGAGAAGACAUCAAAGCGCGCGCAGAAUCCGAAGCUCUAGCCUCCAGCAGGGACACCGAUAUACAACAAACAGAGCCCGCUUCAGGUCCCGACGCGUUAAACGAAAGCCAUUCAAUCACUUCACAUCCAAAGCCCGCGCUUCUGCCCGCGCCACAACUGACGACAUCUCCUCCAUCCUCCCCUCCGAGGGAAGCUUUUAUACUUAGUCCAUCAUCAUCACUGCGAGCCCAAGAUAGCAAACAUAUUGCCGACGUCUCUCAUAAACUUGUUUCGUCCCCUCUCUCUUCGCCCCCACCAGUUCUCUUCGACCCCUUCCAUCCCUCCUCUCCUUCAGAUGAAAAUAUGAGCCGCCGCAGCAGCACCACGCCGUCCGAAGUAGAUGAGUCCCAGGAUUUGCCAAAUCCUGUUUCCGCUUCCCAAACGUCCAAUAUGGGAAGGACAACUCUGCCUAACAUGAAGGGCAAGGAUCUCUUUGACGCAUCGAUAUGGUCAGAUCCUACGAGAACCUCGGUGUUUUACCAGUUCGCGACAUCACUGAGGCAAAAAGUCCGGGAGGCCGAGCCUACAAGCUCACAUAAAUUUAUCAGUCACCUUAGGGAUCGUGGCAAGCUCGUACGAUGCUACACGCAAAACAUUGACCAAAUUGAGGAAAAGGUUGGCCUGUCGACGUCUCUUCUGGCUGGGCCGGGCAGCAGAGGUCGUUUCUCACGCAAGUCAACAGCAAACACCGCACAGCUCAAUAAGAUGGUUGAAGAAGUAUCCAGCGGUGAGAAUAGCGGCGAUGUUGCUACCUCUAGCAGCCAAUCACCAAGCGAGACGCCAACAAAUGCACCAGAGCAGCAAUCACAGACCAGCACCACAUCAUCCCAGCCCAGUGGUAAGACGGAAGACGAAACUACUACACCGCCAGAUCAACCCAAGCCAGUCCCAAGAAAGGAGGCGCCAGCGCUACGGUCUGGUGUGGAGUGCGUCUUCCUGCAUGGCUCUCUUCACCUUCUACGAUGCUUCCUUUGCGGACAAGUUUGCUCUUGGGACGACGAUGACCGCGAAGUGGAGACGCUUUCUGGCCAACAGCCUGAAUGUCCUCACUGCGUUGGCGCCACGGAAGCUCGCCAAGAAAGGGGCAAACGUGCGUUGGGCGUGGGCAAGCUACGUCCCGACAUUGUGCUCUAUGGCGAGGAACAUCCAAAUGCCCACCUUAUCAGCCCCAUCGUGACGCAUGAUCUUGCUUUAUAUCCGGACAUGCUCCUGAUCCUUGGGACGAGCCUGCGGGUCCACGGCCUCAAGGUCAUGGUCAGAGAGUUUGCAAAGACAGUGCACAGCAAGGGCGGCAAAGUGGUGUUUGUCAAUUUCACCAAACCGUCAGAGAGCUCCUGGGGAGACAUCAUCGACUACUGGAUUCAAUGGGAUUGUGAUGCUUGGGUGGCCGAUCUCCAAGUUCGCAUCCCAAAGCUUUGGCAAGAUCCAGAGCCGCCAAAGGUCAGGAAGAAGCGUGAAGUAGGAGGAGCCGGCGAAGAGAAUAAAGAGGAGAAGAAGAAGCUGCCCGCUCAGAAUCCCGUCGCCUUGCGGGACACCAAAGUGAAUGGCGCGUACUGCACAUUAAAAAUCUUAAAAGAGCUGCGAAGAAUCACGGGUAGUUCACCACCACCACCUUCUUCUUUAGCGCUUCCUCUACCACUACCUCUGCCGCCAUUACACAUUGCUACGGCAGCCAUUACCACCAACCCUGACCUUCCGGCUCCCGUCGAAGUCGUCUCUGAAGCUGCCGUUGUCGAUCCUCCACCUAUCAGCACGCCAAAAGCAAAGCCAAGACGAUCGCGUAGGUCAGCACCAGGAGUUAUGGAAAGGCCAAAGAGGACACCAUCAACAUUAAAUCCAAAUCAUGGCCGGACAAAGAAACCCGCGGAAGAAGCCGAACAAGAGGUGCCCGAGACACCUGCCCAAGCCCCGUCUGUCAACACAGUGGAAGAGUUUAGCUCUAUUCUACACUCUGUCAAAUCCAAUCCCCGUAUUAGGAAAAGGAAGAUUAUUGAUGGAGAGGAAUUUGUGUUUCCUGCGGUUGGGAAGAAGCGUGCCGCAUUGGAUAGCCUGUAUAAAGGCCCAGAGGAAGACAAGAAGACGCUGCCCCCUCUACGCCCGAAGUCUGAGCCAGCUGCCACAUUUACGCCAUCGCUGGUUGUAUCUGAAGGAUCUGUAGAUGACGCUCUAGCUUCAAUUUCGGUAAACUUACGAACGGCAGCGACAUUUGCAAUGCCGGAGGCAUUCUAUAUUCAAGACCCGCUAGUCACGUUGUUGGAAAACCCACCCCAGUGGAAAGCUCUGGAGGUGAGCACUGGCGAAGAUAAACACACCAAGCGUCGUACGUCUAAAAGGUUUCGCCCGGCACAGAUCGAAACAAAGGCGCAAGCAGAAGCAAACGCGGCACUGGCGUUGGCGGGCCUCAAGACAAAUAGCCCAAUGGUGACGCAGGUUGCCCAUGCUGUUCCUGCCAAUGGGCUUUCUGAGUUGGCGAACUGGGCGGCGAACUGGAAUUGCAGGAAAUAG